UCCAGCAUUGCCAUUGUUGGAGUCGGCCAAGUUGGCGCCGCUGCUGCCUAUGCGCUCAUUCUAGGUUCAAUCGCCAAUGAAUUGCUCUUGGUUGACAAGAAUGUGAGCUUGAGAGACGGCCAAGUCUGCGAUCUCUCAGAUGUAGCGUAUAGCUGCAAUAGCCGAACGAAGGUACGAGCAGCCAGUUACCAACAGGCGGGCCAAUGCGAUAUUAUAGUGAUUACCGCGGGAUCAAGGCACAUUACAGACCAUACUUACCCCGAAUGUGUCCAUCGAAAUAUCUCAACUAUCAGGACCAUACUCGACGGAAUGAAGCCUCUUAAAUCAGACGCUGUUCUGCUUGUCGUCUCGAGUCCUGUCGAUUUACUCACAUCCCUUGUCCUGCAGCUCUCCCAGCUUCCGCCGUCUCAAGUCCUGGGCUCAGGCACGUAUUUGGACUCUAUACGACUUCGGGGGAUGUUGGCGGAUAGGCUUGGGGUCGCGGCAAAGUCAAUUGACGCAUUCGUACUGGGCGUGCAGGGGGAAUCGCAGGUGACGGCCUGGUCUGCCGCAACAGUUGGCGGCGUCCCAAUCAACGAGUGUCUCUCAAAAGGGGCUUUGAUCAAUCGUGCCGGACUUUCUAGCGAGUGCCAGAACCGAUCACAAGGUAUAAUUCGGGCGAAAGGAGCAACACCAUUUGGCAUUGGUUCCGUCGUGUCCGGCAUCUGCUCUUCCAUCAUUCUGGAUAAAGGCACCGUUCAUCCUAUAAGCCACUUCCAGCCGUCUUUUGGCUGUUGCUUCAGCUUGCCUGUGGUGCUAGGAAGGAGAGGAAUACAACGCAAAGUCCAGAUGUCGCUAGACUUUGACGAAGACGCUCAGAUAACGGAUUCGGCAACGGCACUCAAGAGGAGGAUUGAUCAAGUG